AUGAUAUUUUUCUUUUUUAUAGGUUUUCAUCUGAGCGGUGUUGUAUCAACUCACAGAUCAGGGAGUCCCGCCUCAUCAGUGUACCUUCCAGAACCUGAUAAAAAGUACAAAGUUUCUGUUAGUUUUGAUAGGUGUAAAAUAACUUCAGUGACUUGCAGUUGUGAUACUAAAGACAUAUUUUGGUGUCAACAUGUCGUCGCGCUUUCCUUGUACAGAAUACGAAACGCUGAAAGUGUUCGGUUACGUGUGCCUAUAUCGGAAACUCUUUUACAAAUGGACAGACAACAACUUCAGAAAUUUGUACAGUACCUCAUAUCGGAACAUCACACGGAAGUUUUACCCACUGCCCAAAAAUUAGCAGAUGAAAUUUUACUACAAAGAUCGGAAAUCAAUCAAAUUGCCGGCGCUCCCGAUCCAACCGCCGGUGCCAGCGCCGACGAUGACCACACUUGGCACCUCGACGAAGAACAAGUUUGCGAACAAGUGAGGUCUUAUCUAUCCCAAGGCAGUUAUUACAAUGCAAAUAAGCAACUCAAUUCCCUCUUCGCAAAGGUUAGAGAAAUGCUCAGAGCUAGAGAUUCUAACGGUGCGAGAAUGUUAACAUUAAUAACGGAAGAAUUUCUAUCGGAUCCGAGAUUAAUUUUAUGGAAAGCUCAAAGUACGCCUAUGAAUGAUAAAUGUCGACAACUUUGGGAUCAACUUGGUGCUUUAUGGGUGUGCAUUGUAUUGAAUCCGCAUUGUAGCAAUCAGGAAAAACAACAUUGGAAAUGGUUGUUGGAAAAAUGGUCUUCUAUAAGUGUUUGCCCACAGGAAGAUCCUGAUUUUAGACCUCAACCACCACCUAGACAGGAUUUGUUUCACAGACACACUGGGCUAUUCGAUUCUUCGGAUAGUAGUUCUGAAGAAGAUAUAUCGCCUCCGUUUAGAGAUUACCGUAAUAGAGAAGAAAGGCCUUCUAGGUAUCGUGAUAGAGAUAGAUAUAGAGAGAAACAGACUACAGCAGCCGUACCAAGGACUAUUUUUCAUAGAGCUUUGGACGCUGUUACAAUGUCUUGGGACAAUCUACAUUUAAAACAUAUUUUAUCCAGUGAUACAUAUUGCAGUCACAUUCCUGAAAGUUCCUUGAUCUCCGGUAGUUUUAAUUCACAAGGUCAACCUUUGUGGCACGAGCCUCUAGCUACGUGUGCAGCAAGAGUUGACGCCCUUAGAAGUCAUGGUCAUCAAGAAGCAGCAUUGAGAUUAGCAGUAGCAGUAGUUAGAACAAUGAAACAGCAACAGCUGUCAAAUCAAAGAAAAUGGCAUGAAAGUCAGCAACAAAUUAGAAAUGCUCCUAGCACAAGCGGAAAUAGUCAUUAUUCUUCAUCUGCGUCUUUAUCAUGUUCUUCUUCAUCUUCUUUUUGCAACUGUUGUCAUCAUAGCAGUGGCUACGGACACAGCGGAUAUCAUCAUCACAGUCGGGGUUGUCACGGAUGCAGUUACAUCUGCGGUGGUCAUUAUGGGUCUAGAUGUUACCGAAAUCAAAAUAAUUUAUAUAAUAAUGAUACGGGGUGUGACGAAGGAUGGGUUGGACAUCCUUUAGAUCCUGUGGGCUGCUUGUUUGACGUCUUGGCGUAUGCUUCUCUGGUAGUCGACGAUCAAACGCCGAGAGUUGCUACAUAUUUCGAUCCUAUUGGCGAAGAGGGUUCGAAUAUUCCACCGAGGUAUCAACAUAUACCGGUUGUAGGCACUAGAGAUCGUUCCGAAACGUAUCUUUCUCUAGCUGUUGAAGUUGCCCUUAUCGGCUUGGGUCAACAAAGAAAAAUGCCCACGGGGUUGUAUGCUCAGGAAAAAGCUUGCAAGCAAGAAGAUCGUCUGAUUGCUAAAUUGCAAGAAAUAGAACUUGACAACAUUCUUGUAUCAGUUUUGCGAAGGCAAGCAAUUGUUUUACUUGAAGGAGGUCCUACCAGUGGUUUAGGUUUGGGCAUUCACCCUGAAAGUAUUCCAAUGCAUACUUUCGCAAGAUUUUUAUUUUUAGCUCUUUUGAAUUAUUAUCCUGAUCUAGCAUAUGAAGUUGGAUUGCGAGCCAUGAGAUUACCAAUUCUUGAAGAGCGUGACGAGCACGAUGACGCUGCUGGUAAUAUGUCUUCCCUUGUUUUAAGCCGAUAUCCUCGUUGGUUUACCUUAGGUCAUAUAGAAACACAGCAAUGUUUACUUGCUUCAACUAUGCUUAGUGCCGCCAAAGACUGCGUUUUAUGUGCUGGAGAAGCAUUGAGACUAAGAACAGUGCUGGAAUCCGCUCAACAACAUAUUCAUAGUUCUUCACAUCUUUUUAAAUUGGCUCAAGACGCUUUUCGAUUUGCUACUCCCGAAAACGGAAGCAGACAUCCAACUUUAUUAAAUGUAGCUUUUGAAUUAGGAUUGCAAGUUAUGAGAAUGACAUUGUCUUCCCUUAAUUGGAGGAGACGAGAAAUGGUUAGAUGGUUAGUUACGUGUGCAACUGAAGUAGGGGUCGAAGCAUUAAUAUCUGUUAUGCAAAACUGGUAUCAAUUAUUUACUCCUACGGAAGCAACGGGACCCGUAGCCACCACUAUAAUGUCACAUUCUACUAUUAUGAGACUGAAUCUUAGUUUGGCUCAACAAGAAGAGUUAUCUACGUGCGCAAGGAACUUAGCUUUACAGUGCGCUACCAAGGAUCCACCGAAUUGUGCCUUGAACGCACUAACACUUUGUGAAAAUGAUAAAAUAGCUUUUGAAACCGCUUAUCAAAUUGUAAUCGAUGCGGCAAGCCUUAUAAUGACUUCAUCACAAUUGUUUACCAUAGCCAGAUACAUGGAACACAGAGGGUAUCCCGUAAGAGCCUAUAAAUUAGCUACUCUCGCUAUGAAAAAUGUACAUUUAGCUUACAAUCAGGACACUCAUCCUGCCAUCAAUGACAUUCAUUGGGCAUGUGCGUUGAGUCAUUCAUUGGGCAAAACUGAAUUAGCCAAUAUGAUUCCUCUUCUCGUUAAGAACGUUCAAUGUGCCACAGUACUUUCCGACAUACUUAGAAGGUGCUCAAUGACAGCGCCGGGAUUAUCGUGUCAACAUCCCGGAGAUGGAAAACACCAUCAUCACCGUCACCGUGGAGGUUUCGGAAGCGCUUCGAAACCUCUUUCGUACGACAGGCCACCACUUAGGCCACUACUCGAGGCAGCAGUCGCGGCUUAUGUGAACACGACACAUUCGAGAUUAACUCACAUUUCUCCCCGACAUUACACGGACUUUAUCGAUUUCCUUGUUAAAGCUAGAGACACUUUUCUUCUUGCACACGAUGGUCAUGCUCAAUUUCAGCAAUUAAUAGAAAAUAUGAAAAUGGCUUAUAAGGGAAAGAAAAAAUUAAUGUUUUUAGUGAAAGAAAGAUUUGGGUGA